AUGACGGAGAUGAAAAUGAUUCUUCUGCUGACCAUAGCGUCUUGCUCCCCCAGGGCCGAUGGCUUUAUUGACGUCUCCUCACCUUCGCGCGUGGGGCGGGCCGCCAAGGAAGAGGCCGAGUGCGAACACGGUGUCCACGUCUUCAUGAUCAGCCACGGGUACACCUCCAACGAGCAUCGCCGUGUGCUGCUGGACAAGGCCACCCCACUUCGUGAGGUGCGCGGUCACUUCGGACGGGAGCUGCGGCAGUCGAAGAUGGCCGACGACCACGGGUUCGCCUUCUCCGAGAGCGACCUCGACCAGCCGCUCUGGAAGUUCAGCGACCACUGCGCGCUCCAGGUGGGCUUCGUGCACACCUACACUGAAGACGCAAAGCAGUUCGUCGAGCAGAGCGCCCAGCUCCUGCCCUCUUGGGGCCAGAGGAGCGCCUCCGCUGGUGGCCCGCCAGCCGAGAUGCCGUAA